AAGCCUGUAUUGACAAAUGGACUGUUGAUUUCCGAUCCGAAACAUAGAUCUAGAUCUAGUUAGACUCAGCCACUCAGCUCUACACUAGACUUUAGAUUUAGCGUCUCAUUGUCAUAGAUAUAAAAAAUCUAAUCUACUUAUAGACUAUAGAUCUUUUUGGUACCUGGACAUCUGUCGGAAAGCUCUGCAGUUUUCACUUGUGAGACAGAGAUAUGAAGAUUUAAUGUAGAAAUUUGCAAUACUAAAGUGGCGGAUACCAAGAUAUUGAUAAUGCCUCGAAAACUUGUAGACAAAAUCUCUUCCAAGUAUAAGAGGCUCCACAACACAGUAGCCGGAGAUGGAUUUGUAGACAUUCAGUUUGAAAAACCACCCCCUAAAGUACCAUACAGAGCAAUUUUACUAGCAACUGGCCUGUUUGUUGUGGGUAGUGUUCUUAUUAUUGUGGGAUCUUUGCUGUUAACAGGAUACAUAAAUGCUCAGUAUUCUGAUCGCACAUGGCCUUUACUGUUGCUGGGAUCCUUAAUGUUCAUCCCUGGAGUCUAUCAUGUCCGUAUUGCUUACUAUGCUUAUAAAGGAUAUGAUGGCUACUCAUAUGAAGACAUACCAGAAUUUGAUUGAUGCUCUAUCCUUAUGAUCAAUGUUUAACUUACUUUGGGCUUUAUCAAUGGUGUUUUAGGUUGACUUAAAAUACACAUGUAAAAAAAGAAAGAAGAUUUUCUUUCCCAACUUAUAGUUUUUUAAAACUAAGUAAAGAAAAAAAAUUGCUCAGAAUUCCUUAAAAGGAACUUUUCCUAAAUAAUAAAGAAUUUUUUUUUUUUAAAAUAUGAACUUUUAUUUAUUUAUUUUGUUGCAUAUUUUUCAUGAACACUUGUAAUAUACAUUUGGCUAGAUGAUUCUUUUUAUAAUACCAAAGUGAUAAUCAUUAAGUAGAAUUAUGUUUGUAUUGUCCAAAGCAAACUCCUUCUGUCUGAUAAUUUGCUCUACUACAAAAGAAUGGUGCCUUUGCCUAACUUUAUACAACCAUAGAAAUAUAUCAGUCAUUGAACACCAAUUUGUUUUAUUAAAUGAUUUAUUUUACUCAUGAAGUCUACAGUCAUUUUUUUUUGGCUCGUUUGUUUUUUAUAGAUUUUUUUUUGUCAAAGAUGCUUUUGAACAGUUUAAGAUGUUUUAACAUUUACUACUGCCAGAUAAUUACAGCUAAAAUAUUGUUGCUUAGUAAUGAAAACUGAUGAAAUGCCAUGUGGCUGUAUAUUUAUACAUAUCUUAUGUUUAUUUUAUUAUUUAAGUCUUUUAUGUCAUAACACGUGUUAAUUUUUUAAAAUAACAGUGCAAUGUAUGACUGGUAUUCUGGAUGAUUUUUUUUUUUCUUGAUUUUUUGUUCAGCACUGUUGCCUUUUCAUUACUGCGUUUUGUUUUUACUUUUAAUGUCAAUUUGUAUUACAUAGGCUACUAUACUUUCUCCACUAGGUGCAGUUUCCAUUUUGUUAUUUUGAAAUGAAGUUCACAUUAAGGCAUUUGAUGCUUACUUAGAAAUGUAUCCUUUUUAGUGAAAAUUUGGAUGCAAUUGAAAGAACACUAUGAAUAUGUUUUUAUGUUUUAAGUGAUUUAAAAGUUUUUUUGUUGUUUUUUUUUAUAGGUAUCUUUUUUUUUCUGGAGUCUAGAUAACAAGCUUUAUAUUUCUAUACUGAUACUUCACAUAGGUUUCACUGCAGAAUUUUCGUAUUUUAUUGUAUUUGUAACUGUACAGGUUGACCAUCCAUACCUGUCAAAUUCAUAUCAUCUACAUCAGCAGCACUGAUAUGAUCUUUGGGAAAUUAUCACAUGUUUUGAUUCUAGAGUUUUAACAUCGGCAUUUAUUAAAAUUAUUUUAAAAAUUCUCUUUAAAGAUGAUUUGUACCAUGUAAUGUAUCGCUUUGGCUUAAGUAGAUAUACAAAAUGCAAUAAUUAUAUAUAUAAUUGAAAAGCAUAAAUAUUCAGAUGAAUGCAUGACCUGUUUAUUCAAUGUGGGAGUUUUCAUGACAUGGUGUUUUUUUUUUUUUUUUUUUGUUUGUUUUUUUCUACUUUGUUAUUGUUAUAUAAGUAGCUCAUUUGUUAUGAGGAUAAGGAAAUAGCUAUCUUUUUUUUAAAGUUCACUUAAAAAUGUGAGGAUUAUUAAAUAUAUUUUAUGGUCAAUUCAAUACAACUUUCAAAAUUUAUCUACCAGACAGUACAGUUACACAUGGAUUACUCAAAAUAAUUUGUUUGCAUAUUAAGGUCACCAAAUAUCAUCAAUUUACUUCUGUAGUUUUCUUUUUUUUUUUCAUUGACAUCUGCCAUGUUACUUUGAGCUUUCUCUGCAAACUGUAGAUAUCAAUUUGAAAUCAUUUACAAAGAAAAAUUGAACAAAACAAGAGAUGACUUAUAGCAGUGUUUUGGGAACAACUUCUUGAAUUGAUGGUUAUUUGUGACAAAUUUAUUUUGUACAUAUUGUUUCAAUUAAAAUAUUCUACGAUAAUGAAA